AUGUCCCAAGAGCAGAAAACCCCAGACGAAGAAGCUUACCGGCCGGUCCAUCUCCUGUCCGACAAAUCUACUCGGUUAAAGCGAGAUAUAUUCCUCUGGGAGGCCUCGGGAUGUAUGAAAGGAGGCCUUAACCACAGAAUAACUCCAGUCAGCGUACACACUCUGAAUAGAUGGGCCAAGAUGAUUGAUGAAAAAGCGAGAAAAUUCGGACUUGUUCCCUUAAAAGUACUCAAAACUCCAGGAUGA